UUUCUCAAAAUCAUCUAAAGCAAACAAGGAAGAAGAGUUUUGUUAUCAGUAUUAUUGGGUUAGGGUUUCCAGUAAGUGAUGGAGGGAGGAGGAUCAGGAUCAGUGGUGUUGCCACUUAAGAAGAAUAUUAAUAUUAAAUCUGUAUAUACUCAGCUUCAAACAAAAUGGGGGGAAUUAGAAAAGGGUUUCCAAGGCUGGGUUUGUAAACAACCUGUACUUGUUGAAACUGCUGCUGUUGCUGCAACCUAUGCUCUACAAGGAGCUGUUGUCGGUCUUUUGUAUGGAAGCCUUGCUCAGUCUGCAGCCAAUAGUUAUCUUCCUUUUGAGGAAUUCGGCAAAACUCGUUUGCUGCAGGUUCGUAAUUUCUCAGUUUUGAGGGGGACCGAUGGUGCUGUGAUUUCUGCUAUGAGAAGAAUUAGAGGAGGGAAAGACGAUACCAAGGCUAGAGCAGUAGCAGCUUUUACUUCUGGAUUUAUGUUUCAAGUGGUCAGUAACAUUCCUUCUCCUAGCACCCCAGAGGCAAUCGCAACAGGUCUUCUCUUUGCGGUUUGUCACGGUCUUGCGCAUGAGGUGCUUGUAAGAUCUAACUCUUCUCAGCCGCCAGUGGAGAAUACAUGCUAUACCAGAGCAAGAUGCAUGUUGUCGAACCUAGGCCUUCAGAAUUACGAGAAUAACUUCAAGAAGAACCAAUUAACGGACAAUACUAUGCCUUUGCUUAAAGAAAGUGAUCUUGUAAUGGCUGGAAUCCCUCUUGGACCAAGGACUCUUAUACUGAACCACAUUAAAAGGGAUCCGGAUCUGAUAAAGACACAGGGAAGCUGAAAACAGUAGGGGGUCUGACAGCAAAAAUAUGUUAUUUAUGUUUGGGUUACUGUCCUGGAAACUAAAUGGAUUUCGAACCUUUCAGCUGGAGGAUACAUACUAUACCAGAACAAGAUGCAUGUUGUCAAACCUAGGUCUUCAGCAUUACGAAAAUAACUUCAAGAAAAACUUGUUGACGGAUGAUAUGAUGCCUUUGCUUAAAGAAAGUCAUCUUGUGACGGCAGGGAUCCCUCUGUACUCACCAGCACAGAAUUUCUUUUAUUUCCAUUUUGUUUAAGUGGUAAAAUUAAGAUUUUCCCAGGGAUCCUGAUCUGCUAAAGAUGUGGGGAAGCUGAAAAUAGUAGGGGGCUGAAAGCAAAUUAUGUCUAUGUUUAAGUUUUACUGAAUUUCUUAAUUUUUUGCCAGUAGGUAUCACUGUAUAGUUGAAAACACAAUGUUCUAGUAUAUUUUAGCAUACAAACAUCUCUAAUUGGUCA